GUGUUGUCAGUGGAAAGUUGUACACUAAGACCAUAUGUGCAUCAGCUAAACAGAAAUUGUCAGUACAUUAUAACCUUCACAAUCUGUAUGGUUUCAUGGAAACCAAGGCAACAUACUAUGCAUUAAAAGAAUUACCAUCUGGGAAGAGGCCUUUCAUCAUUUCUAGGGCAACAUUUGCAGGUCAAGGUCAUUAUGGAGGUCACUGGACUGGAGAUAAUGUGGCAACAUUUCAUGAUUUAUACAGGUCUAUCUCUGCAAUAUUGACGAUGAAUCUAGCUGGUAUACCAAUGGUUGGUGCAGAUAUAUGUGGUUUUAAUGGCAACACUACAUAUGAGUUAUGUCUAAGAUGGUACCAACUUGGAGCAUUUUUUCCAUUUUCUCGCAGUCACAAUAGCGAUACAAUACUGAAAGAUCAGGAUCCUGGGGCAUUUGAUGACUAUUUUGCUACAAGUGUUAGGGAUGUUUAUAUGAUAAGAUAUUCAUUAUUACCUUAUUUAUAUACACUGUUUUAUGAGAGCUACAAGAAUGGAACACCAGUUGCCAGGGCAAUGUUUUAUGAGUUUCCCAGUCAUAAAGACACAUACCAUAUUGAUAGUCAGUUUAUGUGGGGACCAGCUCUCCUGAUUGUUCCAGUGAUAACCAAGAAUUCCAGAAAAGUGGAGGCAUAUUUACCAGCUGAUAGUCUGUGGUACUCUUUUUACUCUGGAUUAAGAUUUAAGGGUAAAGGUGAAAAUAUCACACUAUCUGCACCACUCAACAGUAUAAAUCUUCUUGUAAAAGGGGGAACCAUCAUACCAAUGCAGGAACCAGGUCUUACAACCUCUCAGAGUAUACAGAAUGAGUUUUCUUUGCUUGUGUCACUUGGUUUUAAUGGCACUGCCUGUGGUUCUUUAUACAAAGAUGACGGAGAUUCUCAAAAAUCAUUGGAGGCAGAAAUACAUACAUUCAUCACAUUUCAUGUGUCAAAUAAACGUUUACAGUCCACAAUUGUAAAAGCAAGUUAUUUAUUCAAUACAAUGCUCAAGAACAUAACUAUAUUUGGAAUUGAUGCAGCACCAGAGAAAGUUAUCAUGAAUGGAGCUUCUCAAGUAUUCAGUUAUAAUACGACUUUAAAGGUUUUAAAAGUACCUUCCUUGAAUUCUAAAGUGUUUAUGAUGAAACCAUUUGUAUUAGAUUGGAUGUAACCAGUGUAUCCAAGUGUGUAAUUUGAUUUGAUAAUAAUCAGAGAUCUGUGAUAAACAUUUUAUUUCAUAAUUUUGUUAACAAAAAUUGCUUUGGGGCCAUUCUAUUUCUUCAUAAGAGAAAAAUACUGAAUUACUUGGAAUGAUUGAUUGUUUACUGUUGUAUAUGGUUUAACAUUAAAUAAGGGUUGUUUUAUCAGUUGUGUUAUAUGUAACAAUUUAGCAGCCUUUUUAAAUAAACCAUUUGUGAACAUUUAUUAUUUACUUAUUACAAUAGAAAUACUUGUGUUCAACACAAUGCAUUAUUAAAUUUGCAAAAUUUAUGAAAAUAAUACUUUUAAGCUCAUUAAUUUUGAGAACAGAGGUUAGCAUUUCUGAUUGCCGUCCAUUCUUAGUUGUCUGCAUCAGCCAUGUAGCAAUCCACCGACAUCUUCUUAACCACCAGUAGAUUUUGACCAAACUUCACAAGUGAUGUUUAUUAGGCUCUCUUGGUAAGCAAUCUGGGAUCAUCAUGACCCACUUCUUUCUAUCUUUAUAUUUAACUUGUCAUAAAUUGCAGAUAGCAAGCCAAUGCUCAUACUUUAUAUGUAUACAAUGUAUAUGUUCACUUAUUUUUUUAUAUGAUAUAAGGUGUUUUGAUUGUAUAUAUGAGUGCCUGUGCAAGUGUGUGUCUGUGUGAGUUUACAUUGCUCACAUUGGUGUGUGUAUGAGUGAUUUUGGUCUUUAUAAUGAUCUACAAUUACUGUUAGAUCUGUUUCUUUAUUUGCCUAGAAUUGUUUGUGCCAUAUACAUCUAGCGACUUUUAAUGUGGUUUGAGUGGUUAUUUGUUUUUUUAAUGAUAUAUGAUUAAAUGUUUGUUUAUUCUUAUGGUGCUAGGUUUAUGUUAACUGCAUAUACACACAUAAAAGCACACAUUUUACAGUAUAUAAUUUAACAAGCUAUUUACUUUAGUUGUCGUACCUUUAUUUAUUGUUUAAUCCCCUUCCUCAAAGAGGGGAGCAAAUUAUAGGAAUGGCCUCUGUCUGUCCGUCCGUAACACUUUCAUUUCCGCUCCAUAACUUUUAAUCCCUGAAAUUUUUUUGAAAUAACUAGUCUUGGCAAAGUGAUUAUUAUUAUGAGACGUUGUGCAGAGGGCAAUAAUUGGGUUGCUACCCCCGGGUCAAGGUCACACUUAAAGGUCAAAUGUUAAAAUCUACAUUUAUGUCGGCUCCAUAACAUUAAAUCGCUGAACUUUUUUUUUAAUAACUUGGCACAAGCGAUCACCAUUAUUGGAUGAUGUUCAGAAACAAUAACUUGGUUGUUACACCUAAGGUCAAAAUCACACUUAAAGGUCAAGUGUUAAAAAAAGUCUACAUUUCUUGUCCACCUAAUAACUUUUAAACCACUGGAAAAACUUUGAAAUAACUUAGCACAAAUGAUAACCAGUAUGACACCAUGUGCAGAGUACAACAAUCAUGUCAGUACCUUCAAGGUCCAGGGUACACACAAAACAUCUAUUUUUCAUGUCCACUUUAUAGCUUAUUGAUAAUUCAAAGGUUUUUAAAUUACUUCGCACAAAUGAUUCCAUCAUGUCAAAAUCUGCAGAGGGCAACAUCAAGGCUGCUACCCCAAAGUUACAUCCAUGUUGCUACCCCCAAGGUCAAGGUUAUAUGUUUUUCCAUAAUUGUUUGACUUUAUGGACGAUUUUUAAAAACUUGGCACAAAUAAUUACCAUCAUAAGACUAUGUGCUUAUGAUAUGCAUUGCACAACAUCAAGGUCAUGGUUUGUUAAAGGUCAAGAAGUAUACAUUCAUGUCCACUGAGGAAGGGGAUUUAGCUGUCCUUAAGACUGACUUGCUGAAUUUGAAAAUGCAAUGAUAAAGCAUUUGGUUGAAUAGUGUCUUAAAGGAAGGUAAAAUAGAAGAUUGGGUAUGAUUGAUGUUGAUACAUUUUUUUAUAUUCUAUAUUUCACGUUAGACAUUAGCUCUGUCCUUGAAAACAAAAACAGGUUCUUUUAUUAGCCACAUAAGUGUUUACAUUAACUGUUGUAAGUGGUAUUUAAACCUUCAUGAUUUAAGAGUAUUUAUUCAUGUUUGUAUCUUAAAGUAUCAUAUUCAUACUGGAAUAAUUGUAAUAAGAUCUACUUGUUGAAGUUUUCUGUUGAAUAGAAACUAUUUGAGCUAGGUAUGCAUAUAUUUUUGUAAUACAUGUCUAUUAAAAACAAGCAAUAAACAAACUAUAGAAAUA